GAGCCCAGUCUCUCACAAACUAACAAUGACAGAAAUGGUUCACUCCUAUCUCCUCCUCCUUCUAGUGUUCCUCUCUUUCAUCUCCAGCUCGCCAUCCCUGGCCCAGAGCAACUCCAGCGACCAUGAGACACUCCUAACUGUCAAGAAAGCCUGGGGCAGCCCUUCUACUCUCACCUCAUGGAAUCGUGGCCUCUGCGCCACGGCGAGCCUGAACAUGAACAUUCCGGCGUGCCCUUACCACGACCGCAACCAGAUGAGAACCAGCCUGAUCAUCUUGUUCUCGGUGGUCGCCGUCGUCCUGCUCAUCGGCGCCGUCGGGUGCUUCGUCAUCCUGCGGAAGACGCGCGAGAGGGACCUGAUGACGUGGAAGGUGACGCCGUUCCGCAAGGUCGACUUCACCGAGAGCGACAUCCUCACCAAGCUCGGCGAGGAGAACGUCAUCGGCAGCAGCGGCUCCGGCAAGGUGUACCGCGUCCAGCUCCGCGGCGGCGCCGUGGUGGCGGUGAAGAAGCUCUGGAGAAGGGGCAAAGCCGAGGAGAAGGUUGGCAAGGAGUUCGACUCGGAGGUGAGGAUCCUCGGCGACAUCCGCCACACCAACAUCGUGAGCCUCCUCUGCUACAUCUCAAGCGACGAUACCAAGCUGCUGGUGUACGAGUACAUGGAGAACGGCAGCCUCGACCGGUGGCUGCGCCCUGCCGCCGCCGGCGGCGGCGUUGCCAUGGCCCCGGCGCCGCUGGACUGGCCGGCGCGGCUGGGAAUCGCGAUCGACGCGGCGAGGGGGCUCAGCUACAUGCACCACGAGUCCGCGCAGCCCAUCAUGCACCGCGACGUCAAGUCCAGCAACAUCCUCCUCGACCCGGGCUUCCGCGCCAAGAUCGCCGACUUCGGGCUCGCCCGGAUCCUCGUCAAGUCCGGCGAGCCCGAGUCCGGGUCCGGCUACAUGGCCCCAGAGUGUGUUUACGGCGAGAAGGCGAACGAGAAGGUGGACGUGUACAGCUUCGGCGUGGUGCUGCUGGAGCUCGUCACCGGCCGGGCGGCGAACGACGGCGCCGCCGAGUGUUUCCUGGUGGACUGGGCGCGGCGGCGCUACAAGGCGGGGGGACUCCUGCACGACGCCGUGGACGGGGGCAUCCGGGACAGGGCCGUGCACGUGAGGGACGCCGUGGCCGUGUUCAUGCUCGGGGUGAUGUGCACCGGGGAGGACGCGGCGUCCCGGCCGACCAUGAAGCAGGUGCUGCAGCAGCUCAUCCAGUACGACCGCACGGCCAGCGUCGCCGGCGCGUGCCGGGACGCCCACGACGAUGACGACGACAACGCUGCGCGGGCGCAAUUAGGCAAGGGGAAGAAGGGCGACCGAGGUGUCAAGGUAGCGUUGGAUAGUGGAGGAGAGUUUUGGGAUGGUGAUGUGGAGAUUAGCAGCGGCUUCGUAGCACAUCCCGUUUAAGGCGUCUUUUUUUAAAACUAAGAAAGGGCAUAACAGAUUUACAAAUUUCCUUUAUGAGCAUCAAUUUUCAUGUACGAAACAUUUGUGAUGGAAUCAAAAUAUAUGCAUACACUAUAUUUUUAAAAAUA